AUGGGAUAUCCUCCGGUUGACAUCAUGCAUGAGACGAUAAAUAUGAACUAUGCUACGGCAGAAGGUAUCGGUUGGGGUGUCAUGGUUUUACCUGAUAACUGCUUCAAGAAAACAUCGUCUUUGCAUGAGUGCCUCGGUCUUCCGGCUGAGGAAAUUUCCGCUGGGACAUUGCGCAAGGCGGCGUUUUGGCUGGACACAACCUCCAGCCUUGCCCGGGUGAGGGAUCUGGCAAAUCCUCUCUCAUAUUUCCUUCGUGCGCCCCAUAGUCCCUCAUUCGUUGACCCGAAACGAAUUGCUAGGUUCCCUAUUGAGCAAGACUUGAAUGAAGAAGGCGGGGCGGACGAAGAAACAGAUAUCUCAGACGUGGCUAGGCUAUGGACCAACGUCGACUUUGGGCUUUUUGACCGGCGAUCUCUGAUCUUGACCGAUAAGCUUCCCAGGUUUCGCCCGGUUCCCUGGGACUACCUGGAAGAUACCCACUACGGCAUCCAUCAGGCUCAGUUCAUCGUACCGAGGUUUGCGCAUAUUCCAGAUGCAUCAAGCGUUGGACGUGAAACGUAUGCACGCUGGCGCAGCCCUGCGGUACCCUUUCACAAAUGCGAUUUCUUUUCGCGCUAUGCGACGAAGAACAUCUCUAUACUGCUUACCUCGUCGACAGAUGUUUGCUUGAUACACAUGGAUCCCAAGGGCACGCCUGUGCUUUGUAAGGAAAUUCUCCCGUUGCACAACCACCUUAACCGGCACCCGUCACCAUAUGACCUUCACCGGAAUAUCUCACUCCGCAUCGGUAUGCUUCUCCACGUGCCAGAGCUCAAUCUCGUGGUUCUUGGAUCACUCUGCGGCCGCGUUGCUUUACUGCGUUUAACCAAGACGGCAAAGCUUUUUUACGGUGCUCCAGUACGUCGCGGAUUCCGCGUGGAAGCGGUCUUACCACGCUGGUUGGAAGAGCACAAACGAAUGCGUCCGUGGUGUACUCUCCAUGGCAUUGCCAUUUCGCCCAUGCCUGGCCCAAGAACAGACGGCAUCUCGUUGCACGGACAGGGCGAUGAAAGCCAAGGACCUGCCUGGAAGAAAUGGAGGCUGGUAUUACAUUACUUGGAUCAUACAAUUUUGACAUAUAUCAUUACGAGACCAGAGGACGGCGAAGACCUACUCGUUGUUUAA